AUGGCGCAGAGGGCGCUGGAGCUGACCCUGAUAUCGGGCAAGGACCUCAAGGACGUGAACCUCUUCUCGGCCAUGGAGGUCUACGCCGUCGUCUCGCUCUCCGGCGACCCGCGCUCCCGCCAGCGCGUCGCCACCGACCGCUCCGGCGGCCGUAACCCGACCUGGAACGCGACUGUCAGGUUCACCGUGCCGGCCAACGCCGCGGGGUCCGUCCACGUGCUGCUCCGCGCCGAGCGCGCCCUCGGCGACCGCGACGUCGGCGAGGUCCACAUCCCGCUGUCUGAGUUGCUCUCUGGCGCCCCUGAUGGCCCUGUGCCCGUCAAGUUCGUCGCCUACCAGGUCCGCAAGAUCGGGUCCGGGAAGCCCCAGGGGGUCCUCAACUUCUCGUACAAGCUUGGUGAGGUCACCCAGGGCCAGGCCGGUGGCGCUUACGGUGGUGCGCAGGCCGCGUACGCGCAGCCUCCCCCGGCCGCCGCCUACCCUCCGCAGGGCGCGUAUCCUCCGGCCGGCAAGGCCGACGCCUACGGGGCUCCAUCCGCCUACCCGCCGCCAGGUAACGCGUACCCGCCUCAGUCCGCGUACCCACAGGCGGCGAAGGCCGACGGGGCAGCAACCGCUGGUGCCUACCCACCUCCCUCCGGCUACCCACCUGCCGGAAAGACAGGCGAGCCAUCCACCGCCUACCCCGCACCAGCCGGUUACCCACCCGCUGGUCCGUCAGGAAAGCCGGCGAAGGCAAGCGAGCCAGUGACGGCCUACCCAGCAGCCGCCGCGGGACCCAGCACCGGAGCUCCCUACGGCGCCCCGCCCCCGCAGUACGGCUACGGGUACCCACCGCAGCAGCCUGCCGGGUACGGCUACCCGCCCCCGCCUCCACAAGGAGGGUACGGCGGCUACGGCUACCCGCCGCAGCAGCCCGCCGGAUACGGCUACCAGCAGCAGGCCGUGAAGCCGCCGAAGAAGAGCGGCAUGGGGAUGGGCCUGGGCGCGGGGCUCCUCGGAGGCGCGCUCGGCGGGCUCCUCAUCGGCGACAUGAUCUCCGACUCCGCCGGAGGGUAUGACGCCGGCUACGACGCCGGGUUCGACGACGGCGGUGGCUUCGACUUCUAG